AUGGAUACCCUGCUCGCCAGGCUCGACCCCAUCGCUCUGCUAAGUCUGCUUACGCUUCGGACCUUGGGGAAAUGUACCUUCUCCAUGCCCGAGGCCAUCUUCGGCCUCGACCACCUAAGGCACUACUUCAGUCGCAUAAAGAGCGUCGCCAUCUCCAUCCCUUGCCUAGUAGGCCCUUUCACGCCUGUCUCCGCCGCUCUCCGCCCCCUCUCGAGCCGGUAUCAAGCCAAGCCUACCCGCAUCAAUGCGCACCCGAAGAACCCGCCCGGCGGUGACGACCGGCUCGUGUACAAUGUGGUACCGCCCUUGGUGAUCACCGUGGGCAUCUUCGGGGCCAAAUGA